AUGGAUAUAGCUAAACUGUAUUUUUAAAAACUUUUAAAAGUAUACCCAAUUUAAGGUAAUAACAAAUUUCCUUACAAUAGCAAAUUAUGGAAUUUAGAUUGCGAAGGUGUAAGAAUUCCAACUUCUGCUGUAACCAUAGGUAUUCCUAAUUCUGAUUUAAAUAUUUAUGUCAUAGCUAAAAAUAAGCCAUAAGAUGGAGAUUUAGCAAACGCUUUAGUAUGUGCUCACAACGAGUAACACUUGAGACCUUCUUUUGGUAGAAUUUAAUUUAAUUUAGGUUUAGUCGGUAUAAAUGAUGACAAUGAAUCAUUUGAGAAUGAUGUUGAAACUACUGUUCAUGAAAUCAUACAUAUCCUAGGAUUUAGUGGAUUUUAAAUGCAACUUUGGAUAGAUCCUGAUACAGGAAAAUAUUAUGGAUAAUAUGGAUUACAUAAAAUAACAAGAGAUGUAAUCUAUAGAGGUUUAAAGACACAAAUAGUUUUCUCAAAAAAUAUACUUUUAACUGCUAGGAAAUAUUAUAAUUGUCCUACUAUGGAAGGUAUGUAACUUGAAAAUGAAGGAGGAGCUGGUUCUUUAGGUUCUCAUUGGGAAUAACUAAUUGUUUAAAAUGAAAUGAUGAUGUCUAGUGAAGUAAUUACAGAUGCUUAAUUAUCAGUUCAUACUAUUGCUUUAUUAGACUGGUUAUCUAAGUAAAUGGCAGAUAACCUUUAUUGGGGUAAAGGAAAAGGAUGUUCAUUUGUAAUUUAAGGAUGCUAUAGUAAACAAAGCUUUCAUGAGUUCCCAUAAUAACUUAAAGUUUAAUGUUCUUUCGAAAAUGAUGGAUAUGGUGAACCUGCUACUACUCCUUACUUAGAUAAAUGUAUGAUGAAAAGUAUUUAUGGCGAAAAUUUGUGUACUUCUUUUAAGAAUAAUUUUAAAAAUAAAAAUGUUGAUAUAAAAUUAGAAGCUUAUGGUGUUAAUAGUAAAUGCUUUACCUCAACAAGUACUAAUGGAGUUAAAUUCAUAAAUGAUAUAUAAAAAAGAUGUCAUAUAUAUAAAUGUUCUUCUGAUAUGAAAUCUAUUAUUAUUAGUUUACCUUAAAUUAAUAGAUAAAUUAUUUGUACAAAAUAAGGAGAAGUUAUGCCAAUUAAUCCUAAAAAUGAUAGUUUUGGUAAAAUUGUUUGCCCUUCCUCAUUUGUUUAAUUCUGUGAUUCUGUUCCUUUAUGUAUAAAUCAUUGCAGCUCUGUGGGUAUUUGUGUAAGAGGAUAUUGUUUAUGUUUACCUGGAUGGGCUGGAAUUGAUUGUUCUGUAAGAUGUAAUUAUGUAGUAUAAAACGGAGUAUGUGUAAAUAAUUGUACUGGAAAUUUAGUGAUUAGUCCUGAUAGAAGUUGUCAAAUGAUUUGUCCCAAUGGUUAUUAUAGACACGGUAAAAUAUGCUAAUAAUGUGAUGCUUCAUGUAAAAGAUGUAAUGGAGAAUCAGCUAAUGAUUGCACAGUUUGUUAAUUUUUAACAACACUAAAUAAAAAUGGUUAAUGUGUUCCAUUAUAUAUUUGA